CAUCGGAGCCGAGCGGUUUUGGUUACAUUGUUGAUAGAAAAUGCAUAAUCAAAUUGAGCACCGGGGGCAAUAACUGGCGAUACGUUCGAAUAUUUAAGGGGCUGGAAUCACUCUGUCCAUCUCCUUAAUGCUAGACUUUCUCUUAACACUCACAGGAUAGUCAUUAACAUCUGUAACUCAAAUUUUUGAUCGGACCAACAUGACUCAACUUGUAUGGCUUAUUACCGGUUGUUCCUCUGGCUUCGGGGAGCUAAUGACGCAUCAUGUUCUGUCUCGUGGCGACAUCGCUAUCGCUACUGCACGAAAACUGAGCAAAAUAACGCACCUCGGUCGGGCUGGCGCGGCUACUUUAGAGCUAGACGUUACUCACUCUCAGGAAGCCAUAAAUGACGCCGUAGCGCAAGCCAUCGCCCUCUAUGGGAGGAUAGACGUGGUGGUGAAUAACGCGGCAUACGUUGCGACAGCGGCGUGGGAAGACAUGGAGUAUGGUCAGCUUUUGGCACAGUUUGAUACGAAUGUCUUUGGCGUUGUCAAAGUGACCCGCGCGGUUUUACCUCACCUGAGGGAGAGGAAAUCUGGCACGAUGGUAUUCAUCAUUUCCCUGUCGGGCUGGUAUGGGCAUCCCUUUAACGGCCCUUACUCUGGCUCUAAGUUUGCUUUAGAAGGGUUGGUCGAAAGUUUGAGCCGCGAGACAGAAGGAUUCGGGAUUAAGACUCUGUUGAUCGAGCCGGGUAGGUUCCGCACGAUGCUCCUAUCGCCAGAUCAUAUUCACACAACCCGAUCCAAGAUCCCCGCCUACAACAAGGCUUCAAAUGCACACGUCGAUGGACUAGCAGGGGAGGAUAGAAAGCAACAAGGUGACACUAAGAAGGCUGUCAAGAUCAUCGUGGACCUUGUACGGAAGGAAGGGAUCGCAGAGGGUAGGGAAGUGCCGUUCAGAUUCCCACUCGGCACAGAUUGCUAUAGCGCCAUGUGGGAGAAAUGUGAAGAAACCAUACGUUUACUUCGGGAUUGGGAUCAGGUUAUCAACAGUACGGAUCAUGACGAUUAAUCUGACGAGAAUUAGGCAUUGCGAUUACUAGUACCUACUAUGAAUUAGUAAUUAAAUACAACAUCAAUGUAGUAUCAAGUUUCAUAAGCCACCAUCAAUCUGAUCUACAGACAUGUUAGCAGACGUCUUUUAGAUAGAUUUAUAAUACUUACUAACGAC